GAAUAUAAGAACUACUUCUAUAAUUUUUAAUUUGAUUUAACAAAAAGUUUUGAAUUAAUUUAUUUCGAAGUUUUUCCGAUAAUUAUAUCCUAAGGAAGUUCAUCGCAGGCAACUAUAUUAAGCCUCGUUCUCGAAUUGUUACUAUGCCAGACGGUUUUUUUAACGCAGCGACUGCUUGACGGAAACUACCGAAAUAGUGAUGGAAUUAAAAAAAUAAUAAACGCUUAGUUUUCUUGUUUUUACAUAAGCUCGAUAAAAUAUUUCCCGUUGAAUGAAAAAAAUCUAUAAAUGACUUUUGGUGAUAUUUACUGUAGACUCGUUAUGAGAAUAUUAUCUGCUUAUGAGUGAUGUCAUAGGCGGCCGUGGCAAGAGUGGUAAUACUAAGAUGGCGACCACGGUUAAGUGGUAUGUUGGUGAAGACGGAUGUUUAUCUGUAGGAGAAGCUGCCACUGGAGUCACUUACCACCCAACACUCAAUACAAUUAUCGUGGCCACAAAAGCACAUACACUGAAAGUAUAUGAUGUCACAUCUGGUUGUCUACUCAAAGAAUCAAACCUAUCGGCAACAAACACGAAAUCCAACAAGCUGAAAUGUAUGUAUUUACAAGAAAAAGAUCGCAUGAUUAUUUGCGAAGGGACAUCUGUAUGUGCACGCAAAGACCUAAAUGGAGUUCUCUUAUUGGAUACUGCAUUGCAGACCCCAGUAUCCAAGACAGAAGAUCUAGUCAAAGUUGAGUUAUUGUUGGCAGAAGCUAAUCAGCUUUUGAAAUCUCUUGCUGCUGCUGAAUUGCCUGGCAUUGACUAUGUGGAUGAUUUCCUCAAAGAACUUGAUCGAGCAGUUGACUCCAUGCAGGAACUUGCUAAGGCUAACCACAAAACUGCUAAGUGGGCCACUGUGUGCAUCCAGCUCCCUCAUUGUGCUCUGAAGACCGUAUGCAGUAAUGUGGUAGCAGAAAUGAAGAGGCUUAACCAACACCGUCCAGGUCUAUCUAUUGCUGCUGCCAUCAGUAACAGGUUAAGCUACUUGCUGCCCAGUAGUCUACCAGAAAUCGGCUCUGGCCCAGUGGAACGAUCUCUUAUGUACAGUGAAGCUGCACGGCGGGAAACAUUUGGCAAGUGGCCUCACAUGAAUUACAAAUGGGCCCUACCAGAUCCUAUGGCACAAGCUGGAUUCUAUCACCAACCCAAUUCUAUUGGGGAUGAUCGUGCAAUGUGUUUCACCUGCAACGUGUGUCUUGUCUGCUGGGAGCCCACAGAUGAACCUUGGUCUGAACACGAAAGACAUUCAACAUCUUGUCCUUUUGUGAAAGGAGAGUAUACACAAAACGUCCCACUUUUAGUAACUUAUGCAACACAGCCAGCUCUAUUACAUGGUGAACCAACAGACAAAAUUGAGUGUAUUAGUACAUCCAGCAGCAAACAUUUCUUUGCCACAUCCACUUUGAAUGGUAAUGUUGUUAUAUGGAGUACAGCACGCCUACUAAAGAAACACUGCCAGUUUAAUUUGGAUCCAACUGAACCUGUAGUAGCUGCUAAAACAGGAGUACAAUUUGAGAUGGAACCCAUUCCAACAGUGGAUGUUGAUAGCAGGCAUAAAUCUGGCAGAAUGGACCAACAGCUGAAGACAGAGCGGGACCGCUGUCCCAAUGAGUUGUUGACUGAAGAGAGCUAUACUCCCGAGUGUGUUGCUGUCAAUAUAACAGAUCCUCGAGAAAUACCUUUGAGUGAUGAACUUUACACGAGAGAUCAAAAGUGUUGGAAGCAAACAAGACCAUCACAGGAUAUUAAGGUCCAUUCUUUGUGCAUGAUGGAAAAACCAGAUCAUCUUAUGAUUGAAUCAAAAGGAGGAGGGACUGCUGGUGAGGGAGGAGGGGGGAAUGAAUGCAGUAAUGGAAAUAGCAGUGAAUGUAAUGUGCGUGCCUCCACCAAGUAUCUUUCACAACCUAGUCUGGUGUGCGGGGUGUCUUUGCGCAAAACCAGACCUUCCUGUAAUGUGUUACACCAUGAAACAGAGUUGAAUGCUGACUUUCCUGUGAAGCCAGAUGUCCAGUUUAUGAACAAGGUGAAUGAGGUGGUCAGUAGUGACACUUUACCACCAAAAAUUAUCCCCGAUCUCUUGGAUGAUUGUGAUAAUGUGACCCUUUUAGAUCGGAUGGUAUUUCUCCCCUUUAUCAUUGUUGUUGCUAUUUGGCAUGAAAAGGCCCCCAGUGUAAAACCACAGGACAACAAUUCCAAGCCAUCAACUAGUGGCAAUGAACUAUCUGUACCCACAUUAGGUUCCAUUGCGAUGACGCAGGAUUGGGGCAUGCUUGAUCCAAUGUUUGACAGCGUACCAGACACUGAUGCUUUGCUGGUUGAAGAAGGAUCAGGAUCGAAACCAUUGGUUAACACAACCACAUUGGACAGUAACCUUGAGGAUACGAAAAUGUCCAACAGUAAUUCAAGCAUGAGUGAUAUCAGUGAAGCCAACAAGUCACUAAGUAUGGACAAUUUAUUUAAACAAACACAGCCAUUGCUGCCAAAUGGCCAUAUUCUGCAGUGUGUGGAGUUACCACGCAACCUUCAGUCUGAAACUCUGAAGAUCAGCUCCAUUAAUCUGACAACCGAUGGACUUUAUGUGAUUGUUGUUUUGUCCCCUGUUAAUAUCUGUGAUAGUUUCUCUAUUGUCAUUGACAACAAGAAUUUGUCAAAGGCAAAUAGCCCCAACAACCCCAACAAGCAAGGACAGUCAGCUGAAACAGCCACCAAUAGCAACAACAUUUCACUGCUGGCUGACACUCCAGCUAGUGGCACUAUACUUGUCUACAGACUGAACUUUGACCACGAACAUGUUCGCAUUGAAGAAACUCCUGUUAACUCAUUGCUAAUACCAUCAGUGUUUGAGUCAGUGGUUAACUUAGCUGUUAUCCCCAAUGAAUUCAUGGGUCAAGCAGAAGAUGAAGACUCAACUUCCAUAGACAACCACCAUUCUCGUUCAUCUGAACCACAUGGACUCUUUGGUACAGUUUUAUACAAUGGACACAUAAAACUCUGGGACCUUUCUACUUUAACGUCUGUGGCUCAGAUUGAACCUGAAGAAGGUGAUAAAUUUACAUCACUUACUUGUUGUACAGGACUUGAUCGAUUGUGUGCAUGCACAAUGGGUGGUAAGCUACAUUUCUAUCAACUGUCUGAACAAAACCCUGCCAUAUUAGAAAUGUCCAACUGUGGUAUAUUCAACAACAAAGAGGCAUUGAGUGAUCUGGACUCUGUUGAUGCUGGUAAUGAUGAAGUUAAUGAACAUCAAAAGACCAAACAGACUGCCACUGAGGAAUCCCUCUUUGCCGAACCAUUAACAACAGAGAAACUGAUGAGGUUGCACUCGCUAACUGAGUUUGAGAACCUCAUGCCACGUUUCAGUGCCACAGUCUCACCAUGUUGGGCUGAAAUACAACAGGAACAGCAGCAGAGGCGUCACCCUCAACAUCUUCAGCAACAAGGCGAAGCAACACAGCACACGCGAACAUGGAAACUACAGCCUGAAAGCAAUACAUGGGAUGAACAUUUGUUUGAACUAGUCCUUCCAAGGCCUUGUACAGUGGGUCAUAUAGACGUCAAGUUUACCCUCCUCAUGAACAUGUACAACACUCUUCCGAAUAUCCAAGUGACACUCCUCAAACAGAACAUAGGCAACAUAGGGAAACAACAGCCUCCUGCUGCCCCAGAUACUUCAACUUCCACCUUGUCAGAGAAGGAGUCUACAACCACCACCACCACCACCUCCACUUCCACUACAACCCCCACCCCAACCACCACCACCACCGGUGCUAAAAAUGGUUUGAAUUUAUCUACUGCUACAUCGCAAAAUCCAACAACUUCAGACUUUGUGUCUUCUGUGACAAUAGACCCUAAACCCUUUGUUGUUGAAGUGGACCAAAAACUUGAUUUCAACUUACACCCAAGGCCUAAUCUCUUGAAUGAUUCCACCUUUAAUGGGAAGUCUGAAGUGAAUAAUGUGCUGGAUCCCCUAUUCUUAGAAAUGCUCAAUGCAGAAAUUUUGUGUGGACCUUUACCGGUGUCUUCAUGUCUUGAUUUGUCAGGUAGCAGUGCCUUGGUUACCUUAACCAGCCCCCAGCUGCUCAACUCUAAAUCUCGGUCAUUCCUUUUGCACAUCAAAGGGUUCUUUACCAAAGGAGAAGAUUCUCCAGAUAAAACUCAGGCGUCUGAAAACAAAAAGAAAUCCACAACUCUGAACAACACGACAAUGUUUGACAAACAGAAAGUGAAAUCCAUCAAAUCUUUAUUUGAUAACAUUCCAUAUCCAGGAUUUAACACUACUGAGCGAGUGUCUUCUGCUCCAAAAAUGAAGCUGGAGAAUAUUCAAGGCUGUGACUGGAUCCAAGAACUAUCUAUCACUGUACGGAAAACUAAAAAGACUCGUGUUCCAAAAGAAAGGUGGCAUCGGAAUAUGAUGAUUGAAUCAGCCGAGUUUCAUGAGAACCUCCUUUGUGCAGUGACCAAUCCAAACCAGAAUCAUAUCCAUACAAGUGAAGACCAUCAUGAGAACCUUGCCCUUGAUAUCUUGUGUUGGGUGACAGCUGUACAGAUGAAUGAUCCAAGUCGAAAGAUUCCAGACUGUACUGUGCUUGUUACUGUAAAGAAAGAAUUAUUAAGUUUGGUGAAAGCUUGUUUCAUUCAUGGUACGAGAACAACUGCUCACAAAGCUUCACGCUUACUAGUCCUUUGUAUGGAAUUAUGCAAAAGCAGUUCUGAUCCUGAUGUCACCCCAUCAUUCAGCUACAGUUUACUGCAGGCUUUACUGGAGUGCCUUCCUCUCCUACCAUCAGGCUACUCAGCUGGGGCACUGCGUUGGUUCUUCACACUGCUCAACAUAGUGAAGCAAAUGAAUGAUUCACUUGUGGCUGAGAAAUGUGUCAGUAUGCUUACAAAAGUAGCCAAGUGCUAUUACAACAGGGAUAUACCUUUGCAUUCACUGCUAAAAGCUCGGUAUGGACUGCAGGGACAUCCAUUCGAUCCAGAUCUUUUUGACAUCUACCCUGCUAACAGUUUGCGACAGUCAUCAUCACCAUACACAUAUGCAAGUGCUGCUGCAACAAAUACUCCUGCAGCACAGAGCUUUCAACCUCCUCCACAGCAAGAUGAGAUGGACUAUUAUGAUUUAUUCAACCAGUUAUCUGACAAACAGUGUGAUAAGUUCCCAUCAGAGUACCUUCGGCACAAUAUUCUUGGCCUUCUUGAAGUUGAACCACUGCACUUCACAUGUCACGCUACAAGUGACUCAACCAAAAUGGAAAGACUUGACUCUGGUCCAUCAGGCUCCAGUAGCAUACCUAUUGUUGGUUCUUCUGGCUUGUCUGGUACCGUGAACUUUGGUGAGAGUUUGUCAAAUGUAGCUACAACAGGGGCCACUAUGGCAUCACUACCUUCCUCUCUUGCAAUGGCUGAGCAACAAGUGCAGCAACUGGCAACUAAAGUACAACAGUCUAAGAAGGAUGUUGAAUCUAUCAAGCAGCUGCUCAGCACAGUACUGAAAACGGUCAAACCUGCUGCAAACAACUCCAGUGAUCAAGCUUUCAAGCAGCAGGCCCAAAAUCCAAAAACCACUCCCUUAUUUAUGACACCUCCUUUGUCUCCACCCAAUGAAAACUGGCCAGCCACAGGCCCUCCGUAUUUAUCAGCUGGUGUCCCAAGUGACAACGGACCACUUUAUGUGAAAGUGCCUUCUCUCCUGGGAGAUAAAAAUCAAAACACUGAAAAAUCUGACAACAAACAACGGGUCCAGAUGGUACUACCACACCUGUUGCAGCCUCCUUCUCCUCAAGUCCUUGUUGUAGAAAGGAUGCAUUCAGGUGCACGGCGCUUUGUCAUUUUGGAUCUCGGCAAACCUGUUCUGCUGACCGAUGUGAUCAUUCCUGCUUGUGCUGAUCUGGCAUCACUAUCAAUAGAUGUAUGGGUGCAGAGUGAAGAAACUGAUGGUCAGAGGUUGGUGAUAGCCUCUGAUAUUGGCAUCCGAUCACUUAUUAUGAAUAACAUCAUGCCACCUCCAAUUUGUCGUUAUCUCAAGAUAACCACGAUUGGUCGAUAUGGAGGCAGUGCAACAAGAUCAAAGAUUCCUGUUGGUUCUUUCUAUGGACACAGCUUCAUCUUUCCAUGGGAGUGGAACAGCUAUCUUGAACACCAUGGCGGAGUGUCUGGCAGCAAUCAGGCAUCCUCAUCGACAGCAGCCCCUUCCUCAGGACAGGAGCAUCAACAACAGCAGCAGAUGAUACUCUCACAGCUUGGCUUGUUUCUUUCGUUGCUCGAAGACAUCCAGUGUCGUUACAGCUUGACAAAAACUCAGCUUGAUACAUUGCUAACCUCUCUACUUGCAUCCCAGUCAGCAAGUGACCAUGUCCAGUGCUUUCUGCAAAAGAAUCCCAAGAAAAAUGUUGAUGACAAAAUCACUUGCAUCUAUAAUGAUUGCUUGCAACUACAACUACAGCUGAAUCUAUGCCACCAUGCUAUUGACAGACUGCAGCGUGGUCUUGGCCUCUCUGUUAUUAAAAAGGAUUCUGAGUGUACAGAUUUGAAUGAACAGUUAAAGAAAGCAUCGACCGAUAAGCUUCGCUUCCUUCUGGAAUGUCUGUUAGAGACACUAAUUAGCACUACAAAUGGAUCCUCUGCUGCCCCACAACUCUCUGUUUCUCUUCUGACCAGUCUAAGCCCACCAACCUGUGAAGCACUGUUCCGACACAUGUGUAUCUCUGGUACCAAACGUAUCCAAAUCUUGACUGGGAUGCUGUUGGUCCGUGUCUGUGGUACCCAGCCAUGGUGGGGCAAAUUCUUGGGCAACAUUUUACAGAGAUUCUUUCAUUCUGAAUAUAAACAAGUUUUUCCUCAGGAUCGGGUGUUUGUUUUGUUAACAGCUCUUGGUCAGAAGUCUUUAAUGGGCCCCAUGGCUGUGAAUAUUUUAGAGAGUCUUCUUGGAAUGCUUGUUCAUGCUGUGGCACCAUUGAUGCCAAAUCCUAUGGGUGUCUCCAGAAUGCCAACAGGCAGCGUUGAUUUGACUCUCGUUGGGUGGAUCCUGUUGUUUCUCUGUCGCAACCUCGACCACACGAUGCAGAAUGGUGGCAAUGGAGAUGAUGACAAAAACGCUCGCAAAGAUAAGGACAGUGGUACUUACCUUCCAAAUCGUUGGAGUUUUCUGCAAGGUGAUAUGUCUGGUCAACCAAACAAAAGCAAAGUGAAACAAUCAAUGAAGUCUUAUCGGAGAUGUCUGCAGAAAAGAAUAUUCCAUCACAAACAAAAACUUCAGGAUUUGGAGCAGGCAAAAAAGAAGUUUCUAGCGUCACAGGCAGAGAAAUAUUCCCAGAGUCUCAGCUCAGAAGCUCAAGCCCUCUUUAAACAACAUGAGCAGCAAUUUAAAAAGAUAUCCCAGUAUGCAUCAAAGAUUCGCAAAACUGAUGGGGAACAUUUCCGGAAAAUGGUGAAAGAUGACAGCUGCCUUGGCAUUGUGAAAGAUGCAAGUGAUGUCGAUGCUGACUCCAGUCUAAUAUUACCUCGUGAGAGGUGUCUUCCCGUGGUGCGAGGUCUUGUCACUCUAAUCCUCAGUAUGGAUUCUACAUGCAGUGUUGACCUCUUUCUUGUAGCCAGCAAGGUUUUAGCACGAAUUUGCUUGGCAACAAGACCAGCCAUUUGUUUGUCAGAGGCCAUGACCCAAGACCAACUUCAGCAGUUAAUCCUUUUGGCAGCUAACCAAGAUUUCAACCAUGGCACCGUUGCUUGGGGAGGCCCUUGGGCUGGGCAUGCAAUUACUUGUCUUUUACAAGACAUCUUGGAUGGUGAACGACUCUAUCCUGCUAGUAGCCCGUUGGAGGGAGUCACAGAUGAUGACAUAUCAGCUGCUGUAAAUGACAAAUUGGAUUCCUUGUCUGGAAGCCUUCCUAUACCUUCAUUAGAUGCUAUGGCAGUUGAAGCCAUUGAUGCCACUGACUCUGAACUUGGUCAAACAAAAGAAUCAACAUCAAAGACUAACUUGGAUUUCUUACUGGAAGAAAAUGAAUAUGAUGAUGAUGCUGCUGCUAAAUUUCAGGAAUUCAUGGUAGGAGUUCAAUCUAAGCCACCCCCUGGACUGGAUUGUGAUGAGGGCUCUAUCCAGUCUGUCCAGUCAGCAGAUGGCAACAAUACUCCAGAUGCACUAGCUUCCGUUUACUACCCGGAUGAAAAGAAACAGAAAAUGAAACAAUGUAAAUCCAAAUUUGACUAUGGAAAAUCUCUCCUUGGGCCUCAAGGACUAUCAGCAGCUGUGGAUUUCCGCUUGGAACUUGGCUUACAGCUUCAAGCUGAGCUUGGCUUGCGAGUGAUGCUUUCUUAUCAGAUGGUGUCUGUCCAGGGAGCAUUCAAUGCACGUCUGCCACUUGCCCCUCCAAUCUGGCAUUUUUUCCAACCAUUCCAAUUUUCCAGCACAGAUGACGAACUGAGUGAGAUAAUACAGUGUACCAGCCCAACACAAUUUCAGACAACCAGUUCUGCAGGAAUGCUUUGCAUGUGCUAUGAUCACAUGACCUCUCAGCUUUUGAGUCAACAAGUCCAUUUAGACACUUUGCUUCAGCUUUGGUUAAUGUUGAAUGAAGACAGCAACCAUGAAGAUGCUGGUGUUAGCAGCGGACAGCCAGUAGUAUUUGACUCUAGCAAAACCCCUCUUAUAAUGUUGAACCCUUCUUUUGUAAACACUCUUCUUGAAGCCCUCUCUUACAUGCCCAACAUUCCUGUCCGCACCUGGGUACUUGCAUUCCAAACCCUCACAUUGCUCUGUAACCAGUGGGUGUCUCAUGGCAAUCUAACUGUUGGGAAACCCAUGGCUUCUGUCAUUCUCUCAAACCCUAAUUUCAUGAAUGUCUUAAUACGAUUUCUGUCCAGCUCCACCAAUACAGGUCCAUCAGCCUUAACUUUACGAUACCAACAGGUUGGACCUUCAGCUGCUAAAGCUUUCUAUGAAUUUCUCCAGCGACUGGAAGUGAAAGCACCUGAACAAAUGACACUCAAAGAACUUCUUCUAAAACUGGUGUACGUUUUGACCGCAGACAGAGGAGCCUUUUACAACAGCUCUGGACCUCUGGAUGCACAAUGUCGCUUUUUAGAUUUUGUCCUUUGUCUAAAAUAUGAACAAGUUGAUGUCAGCAAUGCAAUCAGUGUAGUAGAGGCUAUCAGCUCUCUAGUUCACCAACACAUCCUGUGUCAGGAGCUAGUGGUAUGCCGCAAGGCAGGAGAUGACGGAAUCAAUGCUCGCUUCUGCUUUGGUGGUUUAUUUGCUAGCCUCUUUCGAGGUGUUGAUACAAGCUCAAAUACUGGCGAUGCCAGCCGAGAUAGAUUUAUGUGCAGCCUUGUGAAACUUGUCAACAUUCUUGUCCAGAUUCCACUACCAGCACGCUUUUCCCGGAACCCUCCCCAAACAGACACAGCAGAAAGUACAAGUACACACCACCCCCCUAAUUUGUCUACCUCCUUCACAGCUGCCCCUAUGCCAGACUCAGCUAAGCUUAGUCAUGUGUUUGCUUCUUCCCCACUUCGCAACCUGUCUCGUUCAGAUGAUGAGAAAGAGCAAGAGACUUUUGAAGAGAAGGGCGUGUCUGCUUCCAGUGGACUUGGUGGGCAGCCAGCUGGUGACCCCAAUGACAACACUACCUACCUGGCCGACAUCAUUGUUGGUCACCAGCAGAUCAUGUCCAGCCUGAUACAUACUCUGAGCUACUGCAGCAGCAGCCCUAUGGCAUCGCUCAUUUGCAACGGGAUAGGUGCCUCUUCCUCAUGCUGGUACGAUACAUUUGGAAUAGGAGAACCCCUUUCCGUCGGAGACGGCGUUUACCAAAUAUUAGUUACUUUGACCAAUAAGUGUUCGGACAUUAAACUUGUGCUGGAGUCUUUGUUUGUGUACCUGUCCAGUGGGGGCAGACAGUAUGUACAGGGGCACAGCCUCUGUCGACUUUCUGAUCCACUACUCUGGUUUAUACUGAAAGUACUGAAUAACAGCAGCGCUGUGAAAAUGUUCCUUCAAAUGGGGGCUGUCGAUGUGAUUUGCAACAACCUGGUAAGUUGCAGUCAGAAGAUUGUCAACACUAGCCCUGGUCUUAUCUCUACAAUGAUGCAGAACUUAAACAAUAGUAACAAUAGCCGGCUACCCAGUGCCCACCGGCUCAAUGUCAAUUCCACCAACACUGACUGUAAUGAUAUUCUACAGAAUUUUGCUCCCCUUGGCUCCAUAUCUUCAAGUAGCCCCACAGCUACACCUGCUGAAGUACUUAUUCAAGCAUCACCUCCACACCGGAGGGCCAGGUCAGCAGCUUGGUCCUAUCACUUCUAUCCAGAUGAGACAUGGGUUGAUUUAACAAUACAAUUGCCAUUUGCCAUUCUGUUGAAAGAGGUCCAGAUUUCACCUCACAAUACCUCAUUAUCCACCUGUCCAUCCUAUGUUUCUCUGGAAGUCAGCCAUGAUGGGAUUACUGUGACACCGAUGAGUGCGCCAUUGAUGACUUGCAGUCUUGGCUUCAUCCGUCUCCAGCUGAUUCGGCCUGAGGUUGUCACCAUGGUUACCAUCCGCCUGCACAGGGCUCGGGAUUCUAUGACCAUUGGGCUGUCACAGAUCCUAUUGAUGGGACACAGUGCAUUUAGUGAAACCAACCAAAAGCCAGCCAGUAUUUUAGCUCCAACUGAUGAUGUGGUAUCAAAAACCAGCCUUGGCUGGGUCCAACUGUUGCAGCAUUGUUUGACCGUCGAAGAAAGUAUUGCGUCUGCAGCAGCAGCCAUUCCACAUUUACUGACCACAUGCACUGCCCUGUUGGUGUCCCCUCAAGCCAGCACUCAUUCGCAUCAUCUUGAAACAGUGCUCCUUAAACUUGGACUACAUUCUACAGAUAUGGGUCUUACCCUCAUCUACAGUUUAUUAAGGAAGCCAUCUUUCCUUGGACAGCCUGAUGAUUCUGUCUCUUUCAUGGGGAAAGUGAGUGGUGUUGCAAAUGAUUCCACAAUUGAGAUCCUGUAUCAGCUAGGAACUCUACAGGAUAGUGGUACCCCUGCUAGAUUAAAGGCCCUAAUAGUAUGGCUGGGUGACAGUGCUGAAGUAGCUCUGCAGAAGUCAGAAAUGCUGUCCCUCAACAAUGGAUAUGGUCCAGCUCCUCAUGAAGCCCCUUAUUUCACGCUACCUCAUCCAGCAGCUCCCCAUGUUCACUGCAUUGCAGCUAUACUCUGGUACAGCCACAGCCUUCCUGUGCGCAAUGAACUGCGAACCAUCAUUACACCACAACUCUUCAGAUCUGUCUAUGAAUGGAGUACUGUUCUGUCCUUUGACUCGUCUCUGAAACGAGCUGUUGAUAAUGUUCUUUGCUCUGUCUGCUAUAUCUAUCCAAGUUUCUUCACUCUCAUCCUUGAGUGGAUGGGAAUCCUGUUGAACCCCAGUAACAGCAUGACAGCCUCUAUCAGUGAUGACUGCAAAGAUAGCUCACAGCAACAGCAGCACAUCUCGAUGACGGAUGACUCAAAGGAAGCCCAAACCAACCAACAGUCUGCUAUGGCAGCUGACCGAGACAUUGGCAACAAUUUGAUCACAUUGCAUGAUUUCAGUAAUAUGAUGCUUGACCGUUCACAUCUGUCAACCUUAGCCAUUACAUGCCAAUCUCCUGGUGCAGUGCAACAACUACUUGCUAGUAAAUUCCCAGCAAUUCUUGCUCAGGGGCUGUUUGAAUUCUGCAACCAUGAGAUUGCAUGCUUUGCUGAAAGUUUAACCAAUCCAGAAUCUCUAACUGAUGCUAGUAAAUCUAUGAUUGGAGAAAAUGGUCCUGUUGGUGAACAAAGCUAUCCUCACACCUGUGAUAAUUCAACUAAUGGUUUGACUGUAACUGCUGACCUUGUAGCAGCAAUACUUGGGUUCUUUGCUGAGAUAACUCGUGAACCAAUGAUUAAAGAUUGGAUGGGAAGUGCUGAAGGCAGUAUAUUUUGGCCUGUCCUCUUGACAUUACUCUGCACUAUUCCAGUACAGGCCCCUCGUACCACUGCUACUUCACAAACCUCAUCCGUAAACUAUAAGCAUAAGAUGAUGACUGCUGAAGAACGUGCUGCCAUUGAAACAGUAGUAAUUACAUUCUUCAACCAAGUGAUUUCUUGCCAUUCUCAGAACCAACAUCUAUUUGCCCGUGUACUCUGUGAAGUCAUCAAGGAGCAAGGAUCUGGACCUAUUUCAUCUGGACCUCUUCUGUCUGGGUUCACAAGACGCAUGUUUCUGCAAGUUCUAUUGGAAGAGCCAAAGAUUUUGGUAUCCUUCAAAUCUUCUCCUCAUAACAGUCGUCUGCAAGUGCAAGGAUGUUUCAGCCAAUUGCAGCAUCCCUGUUUUGGUGCUGGACGCCAUUUCCACACAGUCACCGUGGGAUUGCAAACCAACUGUGAAGAGCUUAUUAACAAGAUAUCAGACCAUACUGGACACAUGGCUCAAUUCUGGGAUGGCACUGUUGAGAAAAAGAACAUUGAUGACAAUAAGAAGGAUAUGACUGAACUUGGUAUUGAAGUUGUGGACUUCCUAUCAAAUGCUGCAGGAUUAUUAGCAAAAGAACGUAGAGAGAAGAAUUCCAACCAUAAUAAAACAGGAGGUCCACCUCGCUUGCCCCCUCGUGCUCGAGGCAAUCAGAAUACAGACAUGGUCGCUGUCAACUUACAGUUCCCAGUGUUAUCACUUUAUCACAAUCUUCUGCCUGGUCAACCAUUACCUGCAGAACUCACUCUUAGCCAACUGCUUGUAAUUUUACAAGAGAAGGGAUAUCCUCAAGGACAAGCGGUCUUGGAAUUCCUGCUUCGAUUCCAUUCAAAGCCUGGUGACAAAAAGGCCUACAGGGAUCCUGACUGGCCAGAGGCUAACAACCCUGAUGAUUUAUUACUUAAAGCCGACAGCUUUCCUUCAGCCCUUCAGGUGUUUGCUAGUGUCGGUGGGUUGGCACUGUUAGCUGAACAUCUUCCUGUGUUAUAUUCCGAAGUGUCUCGCCAACCAGUUCUACCAGAUACAAUGGAAAGUACUGCUGUUUCUGAUGUAUCUCAAGACCAAUGGGUGUCUGUUGAUUCCUCUGAUUUAAAUGAGACGUUUUAUGAACCAGUUCCUGCUGCUCCUCCAUUGACAUCACAAUCUGGCGGCACUGCACACUCAGGACUUUCAACAAUUCCACCUCAUUCUCUAAUUGCAUUUGGUUUGUUUUUACGACUACCCGGUUAUGCCGAUGUUCUGCUCCAAGAAAGGAAGAAAGCUCAAUGUCUGCUACGUCUUGUUCUUGGAGUUACUGAUGAUGGUGAUGGUGGUCAUAUAUUGACAUCACCCAUCGCCAAUUCCCUACCCACACUGCCUUUCAAUGUGAUUGAAUCUUUGUUUGACACGACCCCUCUCACCACAGAUGAUGGGGUCUAUCUGCGAAGAAUGAUGUUGGAUAUUGGUGCCUUACAUUUGAUCUUAGCCUGCCUCUCUGUUCUCAGUCACCACGGUCCACGUGUUAAUUCAGCAGCAUUGCAACACGAGACACAGACUAUGCUGGCUGCCAUCCAAGUUGCCAACACUCAGACAGUGUCAUCUACUGCUGCGGAGGAAAAAUCACAGCAAUACUGGGCCAAAGGGACUGGCUUUGGUACUGGCUCCACCACCUCCAGUUGGGAUGCUGAGCAGUCAUUACUGAGGCAGAAGAGUGAAGAGGAACAUGUCACAUGCUUGUUACAAGUAAUUGCAAGUUACAUCAAUCCCAGUGAUAGGAUACCAAGAGAUUUCGAUGGAGUUGUAUAUCCUUCCCAGUGCCACAACCUGCUCCCUGAAGUGGUUCCGGAACUGCUGAGCCAGUCAUGCCUGGUACCAGCCAUUUCAUCAUAUCUACGCAAUGACUCUGUACUUGAUAUGGCCCGUCAUGUGCCCCUGUACAAAGCUCUGCUUGAACUAUUGCGAGGCAUUGCUAUCUGUCCUAUGCUAGUUCCUUUGUUGCUACCUCUAGACAAGUCUGAAGAUGGUGAGACAACAGUAUCGGUGUGUACUUUACUGGAGAAAAUGAGAGGAUGUGUUGAUACCUAUGCAAAUCGGUUAAAGUCUAACAAAAGCAAAGGCAGCAGCACUGCAGCUACCAACAACACUGGCAAUGGUUCAGGUACUUCUACAACUUCGAAAGAAGAGGAAGAAGAAAAUGAAGGAUUGGCAUUGUUGAUUCCAGACAUUCAAGAGACUGCUAGAAUUGUCCAAAUGGCUACAGAUAAGCUAAAGGGAUCGAAAGAUGGUUCCUCAGCUGAUAAAAGCAGUAGAGCAGAGGACAAAAACUUAUGUAGCAGCACCUCUCUUGAAAACCGUUACAUCAAUGUCAUGAAAUCGUUCCAGUUUGAAACUUAUGAAAUGGUUACAGAGAACGAUAGCUUCAUGAAAUUUUCUACUCCUCAUCACUAUGAGUCAAAUGUUCGGACUUCGGGUUUUAUAAAGAAUCCAUCAAGGGCUCGGCGUUUGGCACAAGAAGCUGUUACUUUAUCAACGUCUCUACCUUUAUCUGCAAGUAGCAGUGUAUUUGUUCGCUGUGAUGAAGACCGACUGGACAUUAUGAAGGUGCUCAUUACUGGACCAGCUGACACACCAUAUGCAAAUGGCUGUUUUGAAUUUGAUGUCUAUUUCCCUCAGGACUAUCCCAUUUCCCCUCCAUUCAUCAACCUCGAAACCACAGGCAACCACAGUGUACGCUUCAACCCCAAUUUAUACAAUGACGGCAAAGUGUGUUUAAGUGUUCUCAACACAUGGCAUGGUCGACCUGAGGAGAAAUGGAAUCCACAGACUUCUAGUUUUUUACAAGUGCUUGUCUCUAUACAGUCUUUGAUAUUAGUGUCUGAGCCUUAUUUCAAUGAACCUGGUUAUGAACGAUCGCGGGGCACACCAUCUGGCACAGCUAGUUCUCGAGAGUAUGAUGCUAACAUUCGUCAAGCAACUGUUAAGUGGGCCAUGCUGGAGCAGAUACGAGAUCCAUCACCCUGUUUUAAAGAGGUGAUCCAGAAUCACUUUUGGUUAAAACGCCAUGAAAUUUUGUCACAAUGUGAGCAGUGGAUCUGUGAGAUGGAGUCAUACAGUCAUGACAAACGUACAGGAAGACAUAUAGCACACAGUACUUUAGCAUUGAAAAGACAUUAUAAUCAUCUAAGAGAAGAGUUUUCCAAAAUGGACCCACCAUCUGGCAUGGAAGGAGAGGUUGCAGACAUCCCUGAAGAAACUAAGCCUGAAUUUUCCCAUAGUAAAAGCUACACGGAACUUGAUGUUGAAGAGGGACCCACUCAGGUUGAGCCGAUAAACUUAGACAUCACUGACCCCAUUUCGGUUCUUGAAUCUCUGCCUUUUGGGCCAAACAGCAUUGAUUGCUGACAGUGACUACCAACAGCUUGCGCUUUUGAAGGGCUACCUUAGGAAACCCCCCUUUAAAAAAUAAAACACAAAAACUAAGAAACACCACCCCAGGUGGUGGUACUGGGUGCUGGUGAGGUUGGUGAAUUCUUCAACUUAGUACACACUGAAGAAGCUUUACAAUCCAAAUUAGAAACAGGUGGAUAUGAACUGCUCCAGAAAUGGGGGAGAGAGAGAGACACACACACACACAAAAUGAAAGAAAACACUAAAAAUUUGGAGCAGAAAAAUUUUGAGUUGUUCUUCUUGUUGCUGUUGUUGAUAUUGAUGUUGCUGCUGCAGCUGCUGCUAUCUGUCAGUAAUUCAGACUCUGAGGAUCAACUGAAUUCUGGAUGUCUGUUUAGUUGCCAGCAAUUUGAAGCACCAAAACCUCAUCAUUGUUCCCCUCCUCCUCCCCCUCUUGCAUGUGAUUUUCUUUUGAAGUGGUACCAUCGGCAGAAAGUAUUACAUAUGUCAAAUACAUACAUGCAUAUAUGUGUGUGAUUUUUUUUUUUUUCUUUCACCCCCAGUCAGGAGGCUGUCUAUGUGUGUAUCAUUGUGUCAGACAGGCUUUUACUCCAUCAAUUCAAGAUUUUGGUGACAGUUACUAUUUUUUUUUCUGUUCUUGGAAAGCAAAUUAAAUUUAAAAGGAAAAACAAAGGAGUGGGAGGGAUUUUUUUUUUUUAGUUUUCCUUUUGAUACCACCCCCGAUUAACCUCUUAAACUUUAAUUUUUAAUUUUUUUUUUACAUAAAAGACUUUGAAAUGCAUUAGAUUUCCUCCACCCUUCCACUUGCUUUUGUCAAAGAAAUUUUUAGAAAUGUGUAACACAGUACGGUAGUCUCUGGGUGAUAUUAUGGCUGUAGAGGAUUUUCAGGGUAAAUUGGAUGGAAGAUAACAAAUAUGAUAUUGUUAAUGAAAGUUCUUUGAAAGUCAAAUCCUUAAAAAUAACCUGUUGGUCCUUUUCUUAGAGAUGAUGGCUGAAUGGAUGAGAAUUGAAACUUCUGGGAGAAGUAUCUCACUGCUGGAGUUAUUUUGCCAAAUAACUUGAAAUUAUUUGGCAAGGGACCUCUCCUAAGGCUUCGUUUCAGUUCAUGGAACAAUUAAGAAUAUUGUCCUUUGCCAAGUCACUUGAGGAAAAGUCCUGUCAUUAUUAUUAUGGCAGAAAUCAGUGGAUUGACUGAAUUGUUAGAGAGUCUGAUGAUAUGCCAGUAUAUUCUGAAUUCAAAACUCACAGAGGUUGACUUUGCCUUUUAUCCCACCGAGGUUAAUAAAAUUAAGCACUAGUUAAAUAUAGGGGCCAAUUGGUAUUGACUAAAGCCCUCCCUCAAAAUUUACUGACCUUGUGCCUAAAUUAGAAACAACUUUAUUUACAACAGGGGGUGAUGGAAUGGCAGAUUCAUAAGAGCAAUGCCUUGUUUUGGCUUUUAACAUCAAAUUAAGCCAUGGUCAACUUUACCUUUCAUCCUUCCAAGGCAUCAAUGACAAAGUACCAGUCAUAUACAGGAGUCAAUAUAAUCACCUGUUACCCUCCACUCCAAAUUUUUAGCUUUGUGCCUGUGUUAAAAACUAUUAUUAUGGCAGAAUUGAUAAGGUACUUGAGUGAGUUCCUGUUUAUGAUCUGCUGAUGUCCACUUUGAUUUCAUUUUUAUGGGUGGGUGUGAUAAAAUAAAGUGCUAGUUAUACACCUGAGUUGAUAUAAUCAUGAUAUUCAACAUUUUUGGCUUUGUGCUAAAUACAUUAGAGGGAAAGAAAAAAAAAUCUACCUUUAUUCGUAUGUGAGGAUGAUUAUUAUUAUUAAGUGGAUUGGCAGAAUCAGAGCUUUAGACAAAAUGCCUUGCUGUAUUUAUCCUGGUUCUUUAUAGUGUGAGUUCUAAUGCCUGCCAAGGUCAACUUUGCUUUUCAUUCUUUCAGAGUUGAAAAAAAUAAAGUACUAGUCAAAUACUGCGAUUGAUUUAAUCAAUCCCCACUACAAAAUUGUGGCCUUGUGCCUAUGUUAGAAACUGUUAUGAUUUAAGAUGGUGAUAGUUACUGGUUGACCCUGUUGGUAAAGUUUCUGUGAUGGAAAGAUAAUGAAAUAAUUUGUGCACAUGUGGAGAAUAUGAACACACAUACAUACAGUGAAACGUAGGUAUUUACCAGGAUUCCUUAUCUCUGUGAUCCAUUCCCCACCCCCACACUUUGUUAAAUCCCCCCCCCCCUUCCCUGUUAUUCUACUCAUCCUAAAUCCAUCUGCUGCCCUGCUUCUUUUUAUACUGUUGUACCAUAAUGAUUUAGAUUCAAACCAAAGCUGCCACUGGGUAUUGUCAGCCCAUAGCUCUUACACACACACACACACACAGUUGUGAGUGCAGGGGGGUGGGGCAUGCAGUAGAAGUAUAUUCAGUAGCUGCUGCUUUUAUCUUGGCCUCUCAAACUGUCAUUAUGCAAAUGUGACUGUGAAAGGAGGGACUGAAAUUGGUUUGGUGAGAGAGUUGGCAAAUUCUGUGUUCAAUAUUAAAUGUGACACGGAUUAAUGGUACUUAAUCAAGCCUCCUUCAACUCAGGUGUGUCUACCCAUAUAUCUUGAGAGAUUUAGUCAAAUGAAAUAGACAAUGGAGUGUAUUAGAGGUGGGGGGGGGGCGGCGUAAUUUCUAUAGUCAGUCUUGAAUAUGUAUAAUAGAUUUUUCGGUUUUAUUUCUCAGAUCUCCAUUUCUUAUAUUCAUUAUUUUUUUUCUCUCAUUCAGCUCCCCAAACUUUAAAAUCCAGCUCAGCUAUCUAUUUAUUGUCAGUUCUCUUUAUGCAGAUUUAUCACUUCUUUUAGCAUUUGUCUGAUGCCAUUGACUUAUUAAACUGACAUUUUACAUAAACUGCUGUUCUCUGUUUGAAAAGCUUUAAUACUAUAGAAAGUCAUUUGUUAAUCAAGUUUCUGUCCUGGUUUAGCUUACCGCUAGAUUUAGUCUAUAAAAUACAAUAAAAAGUAGAUGACUAUGACAGAAAAACCAAAAUUGUAAUAUAUUGAUGACAGCAACUCAGUUUAUAGAGAGUGGGGAGGCUGAGAAGGAAGCUUUCAAAAAUUUUUUCCCCUGAGUCAAAUCCAUUUUACCCAGUCUGCCCAUAAUCUCAACUUGUGUACCUAUUUCUCUCUCUCUCCCUUCCACUGUUUACAUGUUCUUAUCUAUUUAUAUAACUUGUCAUACCUGUUGUAUUAGCUUAUAUAGGCUGCGCUGGUAUGAUAUAAAGCUAGCUUAUAAGAUGAAGUGAGUGCACUUCGUAAGAACCAAAGGCAAUGAUACAGAAAUUACCUCCCCUUAUGACUAACUACUGUACAAAUCCCUCCUGUUGAGAUUCAUUUGUUCUCUGAAUCGCCAUCAUUAUUGGUUGUCACAGGUGUGAGAAUAAUUUGUGGUGAGUAGAAUCAAAUCUGAUCUACAAUUCCAUUGCUUCCCAACUGGAACACCCCACACUCUGUCUACACUUUCACAUAAUCUCAGGUAUUUUGUGUCUGUGUAGGAAAAGAAACCAGAUUAGAUUCAGUUCUCAGCUGCUUUGUUCUGUCAUCACUAAAUUACUUUUUAAAUAAAUCAGGAGAAUGAAAUGUUAAGUUCCUACUUUGAAAGUUGUUUUGUAUGCAAUUAUUAGUGCAGAGCCAAAUGUGUUAGCAAAGCGCUGCAAUAUUUAAUUACACUCCAAAUACAACUUUCACUGAGGUUGACUUCGCCUUUGGGAGUUCAGAUUUAAUCUUCACAACCCACCUCCCUAUAUUAGGGCCUUGUGCCUCUGUUAGAAACACAUAAUUGUUAACAUUUAGUAUUUCACUUGGCUCAUUAAUCCAACUCAAGGAAAGACAAAUGUUAAAUUUAUUCCUUGCUGUUCAGUUAUAUUUUACAUAAAUUCUCUUUUCAAGAAAUAUUGUGGUAUAAAAAGUAUGUGAUAGAGAGAUAAGCAACACUGAGACUUAGUGUGUCUAAAAAAAUUGUUGUUUUUUUUGUUUUUUUUUCAACACUAAAAGUAUCAUGUUCAGCAUUAAUAACGACAGGCAGUGAGGUGGCAGAAGCCGUAGAAUGAACAAUUAAAUGCAACAUUGAAACUGAAUACCAAGUUCAAAUUUUGCUUGGGUAGGAGGUCAACCUAUGUCUUUCUUGACAAUACCUAUUACAACUUUGGUCUUGUACCUAAUGUUUAGAAAUCAUUAACUAUAAAGUGUCCCAUUUAAAGAGGUUUUUUUUUUUUUUUAAAUACUCAUGUGAUAUGCUGUGGUGACUGUCAGAACAGAGACACUGCAACAGUUUCACUGGUUUGUAGUAGUUGUUGUAACAUCACUAGGCAGCCAUGGUAUCCAUGGUGAUAAAAUAUAUUAAAAGAAGAAAAAAAAAAUCAAAGAAUAUAUAUAUAAAUAUAUAUAAAAUUAUUAAAAAGCAAACAAUGCAGAUACUGCCAUACUCCUGAAGAUGGUUGAAUUAAUAUUUUGUGAAUACUUAGGAAAAAAAAAAUAAGAGGAACAUUGGGAUGGAAACCAACUAUAUGGGGGAAUGGACAAAAACAGAAAGGGUUAUAAAUUGCAGGAAAUGGAGUCUGGUAUUUUAAUGAAUUUGUAAAAUUGAAAAGAAAAAAAUUUGAAGUAAAAUUUUAAAACCAAUAAAAUUGAUCAUCUGUAUAUCAGACUGUAAAUUUAGAUGUGAAAUUAAAUUUAAGUGUUUUUUUUUUUCUUUGUUUCCCCAUGAA